GUCAUGAAGUCCUAUUUAAUGAUCAUUUCCAUCCUUCUGAUCCUGGUUCAUAAGGCUGCAGGUGGCCUGUUUGGAUUCAUCUAUGACAAGAACCAAAAGCCUUGGAAUCCAUGCCAGAUUUAUCAAGGCAUGUGCAGAAACACCUGCAAAAAAUAUGAAAUUCAAUACUUACUGUGCCGAAAUGGUGAAAACUGUUGCCUGAAAGUUUCUGUGAAUAUAGCCAGUUCUUACAAAGAGAGAGGGAAUUGCAACUCCACCUCCAACUUGUCAGUUACAAACACUUAAAGCUACUCUGAAAUUUGA